AUGACUGACAGGGACGCUAGAGCCCUGGAGACGAUACAAAACGAAGCGCUACGCUAUGUCCUGGGUGCACCAAAGUGGACCAAGACAGAGAAUCUGAGGGCUGAGGCUCAGGUACCUUCACUGGCUGACAGAGUGAAGUACAUGACAGCCAACCUUACUCUCAAGACGUCCGUGAGGGCCGACCAUCCUGACAAUGUCCACGCCUUGCUGCACCGUCAUCAUGAGGAACAUCGAGGAGGAGGAAGGUGGAUCACCAGUGCAGCAGCCGCUCUUUGCGCCCACGGAGUGUCAUGGGAGGAGGUACGCCACGCCUCUGCCACCCAGGCAACCCCCAACAGACCGCCGUGGGAGGAGCCACCUCUUUGCACAACUGUCAGACUCCCUAGACAGAAAAAGAAGGACCUAAGUAAUGCCGAGCUCCGUCAACAAGGCCUCCAAGCUGUAUAUGAAGGCUGGCGACCACAGACAGCAGCCUACUUCACCGAUGGCUCCUCUGAUCCACAGACCGGCAAGUCAGGUGCCGCCUUUGUGUGCGUGGCGAGAGGAGAAGGCACACAAGGAGGCGACACUACCACGACCACCUUGGCUGCGCGCACCACAGAUCACUCGUCGUCCACCCAAACGGAGCUCGCUGCAAUACACAUGGCACUUGAACACGCCCACACCUCACACACUUUACAUGUGCUCAUCAACACAGACUCCAUGACAGCCAUACACUCCUUACGCACACAACACGGCGAAAACCAACACCUGACACACGCCAUACACACAGCGGCCAGAACCCUCCACAACAGCGGCAGACUCGUCACCAUCAACUGGAUACCAUCACACGUGGGCAUCAGAAACAAUGAGAGGGCCGACACGCUGGCCAAGCAAGGCGCCCACCUCCCAUUGGUGACCAUCAACAUACCCCGGAGCUUACGUCAACUUCAAGGCAAAAUAAGACAUAGCGCGGUGCUCCAGAGACGGAGGCAGGAGCGAGAGGCACAGGCAGGAGACAGCAUCAGCGCCCGGUGGUAUGCAGAGGUGGCGGCGGCGAGGCCCUGUCAAACAGAUCAGGGAGAGAGCAAGAGAAUGGAAGUUGUCAGGUCCAGGAUACGGCUUGGAUACCAGUACGGAUGGCAACUUGGCAUCGCGGCGACCGACGAGCAAAAGCAGUGUCGCCUGUGUAGAGUGCGUGACGGACACACCCUCCAGCAUUAUUAA